AUGAAAGAUCGGUAUAGUAGCGCUCAGCGAAGUGGCAGAGAACCACAAAAGUUACCCGCUGCAAAAAAAACCAUGCAUUUGAAGGAGGACGACGGGAGAAAAAAGGAUGACACUGUCGCAGAGGCAGGAGCCGCCAAGUCAAAACGGGAACCACCCCUCACGAGCCAAAAUGAAGAAAUGAUGGAGAGCAAUGAUGACCCAGAUAGUUCCAGUGUAUAUGACGACACGGUUGAAAAAAAUAUAAAUUUUUCGGAGAGCAUACUUGCUAAUCUGAAUGACAACAUUUUCGAGCAAAACGAUGCCUUUAAGAAUGAGAAGCUAGAAGGAAACCUGUUCAUGCUGCAUGAAGAAAUGGCGAAUGGAAAGAAGUUAGAUGUUCACCCCAUGGGGGAGAGAACUAGUAGUGCUUCUUCUUCCUCUUCUAUUCAUGUGCAUGAUGGAAGAGUGUCCGUGUUGUCCAAGGAUGAGUCCGCUGGGGGAGGGGAGCCUGUAGGACAAAGGACAGAAGCAAUGUCACGCGCUGGAUGGAAGAUCCCGUACAAAGGGCAUUCCGAAUCUACAAACUGGGGAGCGUUAACCAAGCACGAGGUCGGAGAGGAAGAAGGAGUAAUGACUUCCCAUAUGGAACAGCCAAGGAAAAACAACACAGCGGAGGGAAGCGAGAAGGAAAAGUUUGUCUUGCCAAUUAGGAUGAGCAGAACAAGUUGGGGCAAAGAAAAGGUAUCAGCAAAUGCACAUGAUGAAUACAACCAUAACGUAAUAUAUCACGAAUUGUACGUGGAGCUGUUACAGGUAAAUAAAGGUCUGCAAAAUGAAAUUAAAAACCUGAAGAAGAUAAUCGAGAUGCAGAAACAUUUGAUUAAGAGUAGGCAAGACUUAUUUGGUAGUAGUUGUCAUAUGAAUGAGAAAAACAAAUUUAGUAGCAAAAAAUUUGUACACAAUAAUUAUUUUUUAAAUUUUUUUAAUAAAAAAAAAAAAAAAAUUAAAGAGAAUUUUGUCCAUGUGCCAACUGGGUCAAGGGUAGAGAGAGCGUCCGUGGCCACCUCCUCCUAUGCGAGUGUCACAAACAAUGAAGAGAUGGAGGAGAAUGAAAAGGAUGGUGUGUUCUGGGAUGAAGGGUGGAAAGGACCCAGUCAUAGGAAGAGUUCUCAUGAGGCACAUAAGAAUGGGGAUAAAAAUGGACACCCCAAAUGGGAAGGCAUGGACAACAACAGUGACGGCGUUGGCUACUCAGAGGGGGAUAUGAACACGAUGGAUAAUAAGGAGGACAUGAAGGAUCAUAAAAACGAGUACGUGCAGCUUCCGCUGAGUGAGAACGAGGGCUCGAUCCCGUCGGACAACGCCAGCGGCGGCGCCGGUUGCGACGACAACCACAGUGACAGUCAUCGAGACAGCCUGCGAGACAGCCUGCGAGACAGCCUGCGAGACAAUAACAGCCGUACCUCCGUGUCCGCUAGCAACCAGGGGAGCUACUUCUUCAAGCAGGGAAGCUACGGGUCGUUGCGUGGGCGAAGCCAAGGCGGAGGGCAAAAGAGCUACGAGCACGGCUACCAAGGGGGAAAGAAAGCGGACACAGAAACAGAGUCCAAUGAAAUGCCCGUCAAUGUAGAAGAAAUAACAGCAGUGACAUUAUGGUACGAAGAAAUUCUACCUCUGGUGAACAAUGAAAAAAAAAAAAAAACUCUCAUCGAUCUUAUGAUUAGCAAUUACAUGCCCACUGUUAUUAAAACCUAUUUUUGGGAAGUCAAUAUCAUCAACAAGCUAAAUAUAACAGACUACUUUGUGCAAAUUUUAAUUAAGAACACCAACUUUAUCCAGUCCUAUGUGUACACGAAUAACAAGCAGUACCAUAACCAUGUCACUAGGUACUUCAAGUCGUUAAUGACGUUUCGUAAUAGCAACCUUGGCGGGGUGCAGGCGGAUGGACCUCCUAUGGGUGAAGAUGCGGUGGGGGAGAAGCUGGGCGAGAAGCCAACGGAGGGGGACGCGGCGCAGGAGAAGUCGAAGGAGAACGCGGCAGAGAAAUCGACCGAAGACACGGCGAAACGCACGGAGGAGGAUAACUGCACUGCCGGGCUGAACCUCUUCCAGCGCUUCUCAUUUCAGAAGUUCUUCUACCAAAUUUUGAUUGACCUGGAUAGAACAUUAUACAUAAUAAAAAAAAAUCAGGAGUACUUCAGAAAGCACGGCGUAAGUACGGAGACGUUUCUGUUGACACUGGAUUUGGCGGAGACCAAGGCGAAGCUGAACACACUGCUGCAGAUGUACGUUGUGUUUAAGCCGGAGUUGGGGUACGUGCAGGGGAUGUCCUACAUCGCUCUGGUGUUUCUCCUGUAUUGUAACUUGGAGAAGGCCUUCGUGCACUUUGCUAACUUUAUGGAGCGAAAGGACAUUUACAACCUGUACACCUUCAACAACAACGAAAUAAAAGUCUACACCUACAUCAUCAAGGAAAUAUUAACCAAGCAAAAUGUGGAAAUAUACAAGGAGAUCGCCAAGCAGUAUAAUAUUGAUAAUAUUUUCAUUCAGUGGAUCUACACCAUCUUUUUGACGUGUCUUCCUUUUCACAUUUUCAUUCGCCUAUUCGACAUAUACCUUUUUAAUGAAAAAAUAAUUUACGAGACCAUCCUGUGUAUCUUCACCUACUUCAACAAAUUUCACCACGUGGAGAAUGUGGACGUCGUCGUGAAAAAUUUGUCCGCCUUUUCGUUUAAUACCCACAUCCAGGAGGACAAAUUCUGGUCUCUGUUGAAGAAGUCCAAAAUUAAAAAAAGGAAAAUUCUUUACUACCGGGAGAAGUACUUCAAAGGACAAAAACACGUUUUAAAUGAAAAGUAA